UCCGUUUAGUCAUUCAUUGUGCAUAAAUUCAUUUCCACAGUAAACUCAACUCAAAAAACACUACUUUUCAAAUUAAAAAGAAUUUUGUUUCAAGAUGUCUUGUUUAUUUACACAUUUUGGAGAAAUUAAUGAACCAUCUUCCCGAGCCUUUUGGGGUGAUUUUGAUGAUGAAGCCGAAGACUCCAUAGACCAAACAAAGUUAGAAUGGGACUCAUUUUCUGCUCCAAUGCCGGUAGAUCUUCUAGUUCUAAUGGAAGGAUUUAAUAUUUCUGAAUUCGGGGAACAAAUAUUUUUAAAAGAUUCCCAGGAACUAUGUAGAAUUAAAAACAAAGGCAUUUCUUUGCAUAAAUUCAAUGAUAAAAGCACAAUCAUUGGUUUGCUUGAAGAGAAUCUUGUAAACAGUGGAGAAGUUGCAAAUUUGUUGUUGCCUUUUUGCAAUUUAGCAAAGAAUGUUGUCACACUAACUAUUCAGCCGAAAGUUGAAUAUAAAAGUGAGGACAUUUCUAGAUUUAAAGAUGAAAUAACAAUUGUGCUUGCUGUCAAGUCUGAUUUGAAAACUAUUGAGAAAUUGGAAGCACCUAAUUUUAUUGUGGGUGCUACAGCUGGAAUCUUUUCAUACAGGGAUAUCAAAAACUUGCCUGUAGAUUCGUAUAUAGCUUACACAGAUAAAUCAGAUUUGGACACAUUAUCUACUGCACCAAUAUUGAAGCUAUUACGACAAAUUGGUAUUAAAUGUCCGGAAAACUAUAUUCCCAAACGAAGAGACCAAUCUCAUUUGUACAUGUAAAUAUUUGUGGGGUUUGUGGUGAUCAUUUAAUAAAUUGGUGGA